AUGCAAGCUCCGAUGAUUUCGGUGCCUCUUAAGGCUACGAAUGAGAUUGACUGGAUUCAGCCUCUCAAGCAAUAUAUUAGGCAGACGUACGGCGACGAUCCAGAGCGUUAUGCUGAAGAAUGUGCUACGCUAAACAGACUCCGUCAGGAUAUGCGUGGUGCAGGUAAGGAAAGUGCCUCGGGGCGAGAUCUACUCUACAGAUAUUAUGGACAGCUUGAGCUCUUGGAUCUUAGAUUCCCUGUUGAUGAGAAUCAUAUCAAAAUCUCUUUUACCUGGUUCGACGCUUUCACACACAAGCCCACCUCUCAGUACUCACUCGCAUACGAGAAGGCAUCUAUCAUAUUCAAUAUAGCAGCUGUACUUUCGUGCCAUGCAGCCCAUCAAAAUCGAUCCGAGGACUCUGGACUAAAGACUGCUUAUCACUCUUUUCAAGCAUCGGCGGGUAUGCUAACAUACAUCAAUGAAAACUUUCUACAUGCUCCCUCCACCGAUCUAAGCCGUGAUACAGUUAAAACAUUGAUACAUAUCAUGUUGGCACAAGGACAAGAGGUAUUUUUAGAAAAGCAAAUUGCGGACGGAAAAAAAAUUGGGUUGCUAGCAAAACUUGCCAGUCAGGCCGGCUUUCUUUACACUCAAGUCUUGGAGGGGACACAAGAGAAUGUUAAAAAAGCUAUUUUUGAGAAGGUCUGGCUCUUAGUUGUACAGAUCAAAUCUGCAUAUAUGACAUCCCUCGCACAGUACUACCAAGCUCUAGCUGAUGAUGAUGCUAACUCACACGGAACUGCCAUAUCACGUCUUCAAAUUGCUGAAUCGUCUAUUAAAGAAGCAAGCAAGCUCGCAAAUAGUUUUCCAGGAACAGUACCAGUAAAUUCAAACCUUACUGCAGAAUCUGGCAUGAUAUUUCUGGACAUUGUUAAGCGGCAUCUUACGAUUAUUCAGAAGAAACUUUCGGAACUUACAAAAGAUAAUGAUUAUAUUUACCAUCAAACCGUGCCUACUGGGGCGGGCUUAGCCACCAUACCAAAACUACCAGCGGCUAAGGCAAUACCCAUUAGCGAGUUAUAUGCAGGGCAAGACAUUCAACGUAUUACAGGACCUGAUAUAUUUCAGAGGAUUGUCCCUAUUUCUGUAACCGAGUCGGCUAGUUUAUAUGAUGAGGAGAAAGCCAAAUUGAUAAGAGCAGAGACAGAACGUGCCGAGAUAGCAAACAGCGAAAUGGCUGCUAGCUUAGACUACCUUCAUCUGCCAGGAGCAUUACAAAUUAUAAAGGGUAAUACAGACCAAGAACUCAUGGUAGAUGAUGAAUUAAAAAGCUGGUGUCAGGAUGUCGCAAGUUAUGAAGCUCCACAACCUGCUUUAGACUAUCUGAAAUCAAGCCGCGAAAAGAUUAUAGGAAUUUUGGAUAAAUGCUCCCUUCAGCUAGACAUGGAGGAAAGCAUCUGUGAAAAAAUGCGCUCCAAACAUGAAGUUGACUGGACUCAACAGCCAAGUUCAAUGCUCACAAAAACACUGAGGGGUGAGAUUAAGAGCUACCGAGAGGCGCUCGAAGAGGCUUCACGCAGUGAUAGUCAGCUUAAUGCCGGACUCAGUCGCCACAGGGCUACUAUCGACGAGAUGUGUUCUGCUGGUCAGAAUGGCGAUGCGGAUGUAUUAUUCCAAAAUGCCCUGAUAAACACCCAUGGAAAGAAAGUUGUAGAGAAUACAACAGGAGAAGGCAACCUUCUAGACACUGACUUCGGAAGUGACGGGCCUAGCGUCAUGGAUCAAGUCGCAAGGGCUGAGGACAUACUCAAAAGGUUGAGUCUUAUAAAGCGUGAGAGAGCUCAGGUGCUUAAAGAUCUGAAAGAAAAGGUUCGCAACGACGACAUUUCACAGGUUCUCAUUUUGAACAAAAAAUCAAUCUCAAAUUACGAGACCGAGUUAUUCCAAGCUGAGCUUGAGAAAUUCCGACCUCAUCAGAGUCGUCUGCUUUCGGCGAAUCACAAGCAGUCAGCUUUGAUGAAGGAGCUUACCGCAAUACUUAAUACUCUUUUACAAGAUAAACGAGUCAUAGCCGAGCAGCGAAAACUCGAAAGUCUAACACGGCAGCGCUCAGCCAUUAAGUGCAAGUAUCAACGAGUUUACCAAGAGUUUUUGGAACUUACGACAGGACUGGAGUCGGCUAAAGAUUGGUAUUGCGAGAUGAUGGACACAGUGAAUAGCCUACAAAAAAAUGUGGAAACCUUUGUUAAUAAUCGUCGUUCUGAAGGUGCUCAGCUGCUCAGUAAAAUUGAACAGGAACAACAACACGCAAGAUAUGUUGACGGUGGAGAAUCUGAAAGGAUGCGCGAUAUGAUGGAACGAAUGUCUAUGAAUCCAAAUGCGCGCGUUGCAGACUUGAUGGACUCAACUACAGUGAUGCCUCGCUGA